AUGAACAUUCACAAUAUUGUCAUGAUGAUGAUUUCUACUUCUCACUUCGAAUCAAAUAAUCAAUACUAUGGAACCGAAGCUGAAAAAAAGGAAACUGCUGCUAUUCUUCUCUCCCUCUCCAGAUCAACUGAUGGUGUAGAAUAUUUAGUUUCAUCUCCAAUGCUCAAGCCACAGAAAACCUUCUAUGUUCCCUCGGUUUCAAUUGCUGAAAGUGAUUAUGUUGAUUCACCAAUCAUCAAUUCAUCAAUUAAUCCUUUCAGCGUGUAUAGUAGUUCUGGAGGUCAACCUUAUUCACCCAGUCCUUUGUCUCUCUCAAGUGAUAGUAAUUUCUCAAAUUUUUCUAGCAGUGUUCCAACUUCUCCAAAUAUGAGAUAUCUAUCGAGCUCUCAGGAUUCCACUACCACAACCACUACAACCACCACUUCUACUACAAAUAGUUCUGAUGAAGAAAAAAAACGACCACCAUGGAUCCCAAUAACCGAUUGUAAAUAUAAUAACUGCCUGGUUUGUCUUCGAGGACCACCAAGUAUUCUCCAUAAAUGUCCAACUUGGUCAACAAUAAUGAGAGUAGUAUUCUAUACCUUAAGUAAUAGUUUCCCAGAGAGAAAAUUCUUUAACCUGAGAAAUGACGUUUAUUCUUGGAUGGUAGAUCAUUGGAAUAUCCUUCUUGAUUUUAAAAAAGACAAUAAUAUUAAUAGUUCCUUCUUUUCUUUCUUUAUUGAAGAAGAAAAUAAUUGGAGAAAACAAGUACAAGAUAUGUUAAGUCAUAGUAAGAAUUUGUUUGAAUCUGGAACCGAAGAAUACAAACAAAAUGGUUAUUGGAGACUGAAGCUAACAAUGGAUACUGAUCCAUGGACUAUUAAGAAGCCCUUCAGAGACAAGUCAAAGAUUGCAGUAAAGUCCAAGAGAUCUUUAUCUGAAGGUGAUCUUUAUACUAUAAAAAAAGCCAAAUUACAAAGUAAAGUGCACACCAGAGAGGAAUUAAAGAGUUUGGCUAUGAAUGAACCUGAAAUUAAAUUUGAAAUUCAAAGCCUAAAUCGAAUUAUGAAUGAUGUAAUACAGAUGUUUAAAAAUAUAUCCGUAGAUUUCCCCUUUAUUGGAUUGAAUUCGAGACCACUAAACCUCUCACCACACCAAACACCACUUCCCUCUCCACAACUAAUUCAACAAUCUCCACAUCUUCUUCAACAAUCCCCACAACUACUUCAACAAUCUCCACAAUCACUUAGACCAAUCACAAGUCUAUUGUCAUCAAACUCUAAAACCAACGACUCUAAAAAAGUUGUCAAACAAAGAAAACAAACUAAAUCACCAAAGCAAUCAAAACCCAAAUAUUCCAAAAAGCAAAAUGAAAAUAUCGAUUUUAGCUAA